AUAACCUUUGGUGGACGGCCGCAACGAGGGCCGGUUUUGUUUGAGGCAUCACUUCAGUCGUACGCGGUCUCUGCUAAGAACAACUACUAGAAUUAUAUAUUUAAAUGUUGUUAUAGCCUAAACAAAUAUUGUAAAAUGAAGACGCUGUGUCGGGCCUUCGUCACUACGUCGGUGCUCGUGGUAUCAUUAUCUAUUGCAGCCGGACGUAUGAUGAAUUAUAAUGCUGGAUACCACACGCCAUCGUAUGGCUAUGGUAAUAGCGGCUUGUCAUAUCAACGGCCUACAACCGCAUCGCCUGCUUACUACAACUAUCCUCAUUAUCACACCAUGCCUUCUAGUGCACGCACUCCCCCUCCUAGCUACCGCCGUGAGCGCUGUAAUGGAGGAGCGCCGUGUGUGACACUAAACGAAUGCACACAUCUCUACAAUCAAUUGCAACGCGGGACCACACCGCAGCUUACUGCGUUGCUCAGGAGUCUCCAUUGCGGUUUCCAGUAUGGCAAUCCUUUGAUAUGCUGCCCACCGGAAUUUCAUAAUCCGAACAACGGCGGCGAUGGAGACCAAAGAGCAGGAUUUGAUGCGACGAGUCUCCUGCCGAAUAAUCACGACUGUGGCAUACAAAAUAAAGACAGAAUUGUUGGUGGCACACAAGCGGACUUGGACGAGCACCCUUGGAUGGCUCUGCUGAGAUAUGACAAACCGUACGGCUGGGGCUUUUACUGCGGCGGGGUGUUAAUAUCUUUGAGAUACGUAUUGACUGCUGCUCACUGCGUUAAAGGAGAUGAACUACCUACUAACUGGAAAUUGUCGCAAGUGCGACUAGGCGAAUGGAAUACUUCAAGCACAAAUGACUGCCUGGCAGACGAUUGCGCGGGUCCAGUCCAGGACAUCCCCGUGGAGCAGAUCAUACCUCAUGAGGACUACGACCCUAAGGACGCAAAUCAGCAUAACGACAUUGCACUUUUGCGAUUGGCCCAAAAUGCAAGGAUCACAGAUUUCGUGAAGCCAAUUUGCUUGCCUUUAAGCUCUGAACUCAAGAGAAGCUCCUUCGAAGGACUCACUAUGGAAGUUGCAGGAUGGGGUAGAACUGAAUCUCGUACGGAAUCCAACGUAAAACUAAAAGUGAGGGUUCCAGUGGUCAGCAGAAGUGAAUGUGCAAAGGUAUUCAACCGAGUAAGCCGUGAGAUUACCAAUAAGCAAAUGUGUGCAGGAGGCAAUGCUGGCGAGGACUCGUGCAGAGGAGACUCUGGUGGCGCGCUUAUGGGAGAACAAUUAGGAGUCUCUGAUAACUGGUACGCUGUGGGAGUAGUGUCUUACGGACCCUCCCCUUGUGGUACUCCUGGAUGGCCUGGUGUUUAUACGCGUGUUGGAGCUUAUGUUGACUGGAUAUUGUCUAAAUUACGACCUUAAUUAGCUUAAUCUUCGGGCUAGUACUGGACAGGUGACCUGGACAGGCAUUUACAUACUAUCUUAUAUAAUGCUGGCUGUGUAAGAAAACUUAUGUAAGAACUUAAGAAAGAAAUUUGUACUCCGUUGACUGCGUUUUGAAGACAACAUUUGGCAUUAGGUACCAAAUUGGCCAUAUAACUGAGAUUAUUCUAUUUAGUACGUUGAAAAUUGUGCACGAUGAAUCGCCGAAUUCGAGCAAUUAAUUGUUGACCUUAGGUGUUCAUCGAAUAAGCAGAAUAUUGACUGAAAUGUUUGCAACACCAAUCUACUCGUUAAGUGCCAUCACAUAUCACUUAAGUUAUGAAUAAAAU